CUAAUAACAAAUAUUGGUAGCCUUAAAGUUCAAAAGUUUUAGUUGCUUUACCCUGAAUCCACCAUGUUCUUAAGCAUAUCUUCAACUAAUGGAUAUGAUGUCUAAACACAAGACAAUGCAGAUUGAUUCUGUUGGUUGUUUAAUGUCCAAGCAUACAAAUGAUUUCUACUUAGAUUCUGAUUAUUCAUGGAUUGGAGUUGAGAAGGCACAACCAUGGUGGAGAACUACAGAAAGAGAUGAGUUAGCUUGCUUUAUUUCGCGCAAAUCACUCAACCAUAUUGAGAAUUGUGACCUUCCACCUACACAGAAGUAUCUCAUAGGACAACCUUGUGCUGAUAUCAGUUAUAUCAAAAUAAGAACAUCAUCUUUUGACCGGGAAGCCAAUUCCAGCGCCUUUUCCAGUUUCAACAUUCAAGCAAAGAGAAGUUUUGAAUCAGAAUUGAUGCAUUGGAAGCUGGGGCCUUCAACCAAUAAAGGGAAUUUAAAUAUUCAAGUAAAAAGAAACGGACAUGUUACCAUGUGACGCACCUGUAUGAGGAACGAUAGACGAUGGCUUGGACAUGAUGGUCAUUGGGGCCC